UUGCACUUAAGGAUGUGGGGGUUAAUAUUAUUUCUUUUCUUCUUAGCGAUUCUGUUAGCCUUUCUUCCUCAGGACUACGGAGUGAAAUAUUAUGUCAAAUGCAUGUACUAUUCCUUCUGUCUGAGUUUUGGAGGCAUGCUAGGUGGUCUAUUGUCAUUGCCUUAUGGAAGAACUACUGACAACCAUUAUAGAAUCUUCGCCGUAUUCCAGAUGAUGAAUUCAUUGCUCAAUAUUCAGUUUAUUAAAAAGAACGUUGAUAGCCUAGAAAGUGAUGAGCCUUUUGUUAUAAUCGCAAAUCAUCAGAGUGCUCUAGAUGUUUUGGGAAUGACUUUUGUUUGGCCAAAGAAUUGUGUUGUGAUGUUGAAAAGUAGUUUGAAGUUCCUCCCCGGCUUUAACUUAUGUGCUUACCUUUGCGAGGCUAUUUACAUCAAUAGAUUUAGUAAAGAAAAAGCUCAUAAGACUGUUGAUGGAACAGUUGAUGACAUCAUGAAGAACAAGAAAAAAGUUUGGAUAUACCCCGAAGGAACUCGUAACCCUACUUCCACUCUUCUCCCCUUCAAGAAAGGAGCUUUCAGAAUCGCGAAGCAAGCAAAUAUCCCAAUCGUUUGUUGUUGUUUCUCCACUCACGAUGUGUUCUACAACUAUAAAGAGAAAAUCUUCCGAGACAACGGAAAGGUUCUGAUUGACCUUCUCCCACCAGUUCACCCAGCAGAUUUUGAAACAGUUGAUGAUCUUAGUGAACAUUGUCGAAAAAUAAUGCAAGAGAGGAUUGGUGAAUUGAACAAAGAAAUCCGCUCAAUCACUAGCUCUUCCUAA